UUAGCUUCACGAUGGAGCAGUCAGUUGGAUCUUUACAAGAGCAAGCUUUGAAAAGGAAAGAGAGAUUAAAAGCACUCAGGGGACGACAACUGCAGGGGAGGGAGCCAGCAGAUGGAGAGCCUGACAGGAAGAGAGUGGCUGAUGAGGCGGAGACUGAGGAGAGGCACAGAGAGCUGAAAUUGAGGAACUAUGUUCCAGAGGAUGAGGAGUUGAAGGACAGACAGAUGCCCAAAGCCAAGCCAGCAUCAGUGGAGGAUAAGGUGAAGGACCAGCUGGAGGCAGCAAACCCAGAGCCUGUGAUUGAGGAAGUGGAUCUGGCCAAUCUGGCUCCCAGGAAGCCUGACUGGGACCUGAAGAGAGACGUUGCUAAGAAACUAGAGAAACUGGAGAGGAGAACACAGAGAGCCAUCGCUGAACUUAUCCGUGAACGGCUGAAGGGCAGUGAGACUGAGCUGGCUGGUGUGGUGGGGGCAGCUGGUGCGGAAGAGGGUGAUUCAGACUGAACUGGACUGUGUUCUGAUUACAUCCCAGAGAAUUCUCCAGAGGAGCCCAGUCCAUCUGUGUCUCAGGACCUGUGUGUGUUUUCUGCAGCUGCGGUACUUCAAUAGGGAUUGGAGAAUUCUGUGCCCAUAUCCAGUCAGCCCAACCAGAAAUGUCAGCUCAUGGACUUUGGGGUGUGUGUGUGUGUGUGUGAGAGAGAGAGAGAGCAAGAGAAUGACUGAGUGUGAUAUACAGAUGUAAUUACAUCAAUGCUGAUGUCGGUAAUGUAUCACUUAGUCAUCACUGUGGACAUGUUUGGCUAUUUUUUGUUUCUGUUUUUCUAGUAAAAAGAAUUUGUACUUUCUA